CGUGGCACGACGUAUACGUUCGGAUACUAGUGAUACCGGCACCGGAACUAAAUACUAGUGAAAUACUUUACAAAAUACUCUAUUGUUGUUCAGUGAAGUUCGUGAAAAGGAGUCAUUUAGUGUCUGUGGGAAAAUGAACAUAAUAUGGUGCGUGGUGGGGUUGCUAGCAGUGCUCUGCCCCCCAGCCAGCGGGCACGGGCGCCUCACUGAGCCCCCCUCCCGCGCCAGCGCGUGGCGGUUCGGCUUCGACACCCCCCACAACUACAACGACCACGAGCUGUACUGCGGCGGUUUCACCCGCCAGUGGAAGAAGAACGAGGGGAAGUGCGGCGUCUGCGGGGACGCCUGGGACUCCCCCGUGCCCCGCGCCCACGAGCUCGGCGGACGCUUCGGGAAAGGCGUCAUCGUACGAAGAUACGCCCCUCAAGACCCCAUCACGAUCAAGGUCGAACUAACAGCCAACCAUAACGGCUUCUUCGAAUUCAGAGUCUGCGAGGAGCCUAAAGCCACCACCCAGGAAUGCUUAGACAAAAACGUCCUAAAAAUCGACGGGAGAGACGGCACCAAAUACUACCCGCGCGACGGAAAUAAAGUUUACGAGAUGAAAUACCGCUUGCCGGAGGGCCUGGAAUGCGCGCACUGCGUGUUGCAAUGGCGGUAUAUAGCCGGAAAUAACUGGGGUACCUGCGAGAACGGGACCGGGUUAGUGGGUUGCGGGCCGCAGGAGGAAUUCAGAGCUUGUGCGGACAUCGCUAUUGGAGAUCGUUUCGCUACUACUACAAGAAGGCCGAGGCCGAGCUACGUGCCGCCUGGCAGACGGCCAACCGUGCCCGCGCCGGAAGAAAGCACGUCCAGCAGCGCGUGGUACGGCGUCGUUGUGGCUGUCGUCGCGCUGCUCGUCGCUGUGUCCGUCCUCGCCGGCUUCUACCUGUACUACUACAGAGGAGGCAUGAGAAUCAAAAGCUUCUUAAAGAAAACCCCUCCGCCCGCGCCUGUCCCGCCCCCACGACACAAGCGAACCUCCCUUUCAAGAGAACACCCACCAGAACUGACCUCACCUAAAGUAGCCACCAUCUCCGACUCAGGCUUCGAGACAGUAGAUCUCAGAGCGAAGUAGACUUAAAAUGAUUACCUAACACUGCCUUUAAUAGUGAUAUUUUUAGUGUGAGUGACUGUGUGAAUAAGACAAUGGUUCAAAGUGAAUCUGUGAAGAAAUGAGAUUUUGACACAAUUCUGAUCACUGUCGUGGUUUCCAUGUUUACGUGGAAAUCUGAUGAUUUUUACCGGUUGUAUUGAAACUUGACCAUAAAUACGCUAAUACGCCAUACGCCAACA